AUGUUUCCAUUUCCAGAUGCCCGCUACCUCAACGACUUCGACGUCUUCAUAACAUCGACGAACAGUUCAGAUCCCAAAGACGGUCGGAUGUGUGCCAGCUACCAAAACAGUUCCACUACAUCACCUGCAUCAAUAAUAGUUCUUGUCUGCAUCAACCAACCAACACGAGGGAGGUACUUGGUGGUGAGGAGACAGCCGACUGCCUCUUUCAGACCUGAUGCCAUCGCCAUUGCUGAGAUCAGAGUUUUUACAAAAUUUUCCGACAAUCAAGCAGUCGUUGGUCCUAAAAAUCAAGCUACGACAUCUAGAGUUAUCCAGAGUGGAACCUGGCAGAAUUUAGGGGCUGAACUGGCGGUGGAUGGCAACUCUUCAACCUGGUCGACCACCGAUACCUCCAUCGAUCCAACCUGGGCGGGACAGCUUGCUUGGUGGCAGAUGGAUCUCGGCGCAGUGCGAAAUGUUACAGAGGUCACAAUAACCAGCAGUACCGACUAUACGAAUUCUCGAUAUUUGAAAGACUUCAGCAUCGACUUAUUGAUGAACAGCAGGAUGAACAGCAUAUGGACAUCCGGAGCCACCCAGUGCUACUACUUCAGAGGGGAUGUUGAGAUGGGAGCUACUGUGACCUACAAAUGCUACAACCCGACUCCCGGCAGAUACCUACUCAUCAGACGCGUCGAUACAAAUGCAUACAGGCCUGAUGCGUUGUCAUUAGCCGAAGUGCAAUACAAAUAUGUCUGA